CCCACGCCCACCUAAAGUACGCCCACGUAAUAAAUGAUCACUUCUAAGUUUCACGGAAGCAGCGAAAACGCAAGUGUAGAAAAACACGUGAUCACGUCAGAUCACGUGACAUUUACAAGCGAGGCUUUUUUGCUCUGUUUGACAUGAGUGCGGUAGAACAAACUGAAAACUACAAAGAGAAAGGUGACAUGCGUAGGUGCACCGCUCGUGUGCAAGUCUCCUGUUGCUUGGUGAAUCUCAACAAAGCAAGCGAUGUUCUCGCCCAUCUUUCUUCCGAGGUCGAAAACAUCAUCACUCCUUGUUCGAGUCUCGAAUUAUCGCUGCGUCAACUUGGAGAAACGACGGGAGACAUGACGGCAUCAUGCCGAUUGCGUCUUGACGAAGUUGAGUGUGGUCUGUCAUGUUGGAAGGAGGUGAGAGACACUUUUCGACUUCAGUCACGUCGCUACUGGGACGUGGGAGUCGGAAAACUGUCAGAAGAAGCGAGGAAGCAGCUUGAUCUAAACGAAAAAAUCGAGAGCGAGCUUGUCAUCGUUUUCCUCCGUCAUUGUGUUAGCCGCUUGAAUGCGGUAAACGAAACAACAUUGAGAUGGAAAGAAACGAAAACAUUUCAAUGUUUAGAGUCAAAUAUCAAAGAGAUAGUAAAUGAGACAGAGGGAUAUCGAGCCAGUGGCAUGCAGUCUUGGUACAGCUCUGUCUACGAAUUUGCAAUAAAUUUGCCUGACACGUUGUGUACAGUGACACAGAUGAUUGAAACAGAUGUAGAUACGAGUGAAGAUGAAGUGCAAGUACGGUCUGAUAUUGAAGAGGACUGAAAGUCUGGUUUCCUUACUUGCUCGUAUUCGUGAA